AUGGCUCCGAUUUCUAUCGCGGACCUCGUCGCCGCUCUGCCGGCUGAGGACAUUUGGGGUCCCGCCACCUCGGGCGACAACAUGCUCGAAGGCGUUCCUUAUGCUCCCUUCUCUAAGGGCGACAAGCUGGGCCGUAUGGCCGACUGGACUGCCGAGUCCAAGGACCGUGCUGGUCAGGGCCGCCAGCAGUACAACCGGAACUUCAGAGACCAGCAGGUGUACGGCGCCGGCACCUCCAGCCUGUUCUCUAUCCAGACUGCCGAAGACGAAUCCUCGUUCUCCGUUGUCGAUAACACUCGCACCUCCACCAAGCGCGGCUUUGGCCGCGGCGGCGGCACCGUUUUCCGUGGCCGUGGCCAGCGCGGUGGUCAGCUUCAGCGCGGUGGUGGCCGUGGUGGCUUCCAGCGUGCUGGUGCCGGUCGUGGCCAGGACCGCUUCUAUGAUAACCGUGGUGGUCGUGGCGGCCGCGGGGGCGGCCGUCGCUUCGGCUGGAAGGACUAUGACAAGCCCCAGCGCACUCGCGAGCCGUCGGUCAACAUCCGGCCUGAGUGGCACAUGAUCGAGGAGGUUGACUUCAGCCGCCUGUCCAAGCUGAGCCUCGAGGCCCCCGAGGGCGAGGAUCUUGAGACUUACGGUUUCCUGCACUACUAUGAUCGCUCCCUCGACAAGGCUCCGGUCAAGAACGCCGAGCGCAGACUCCAGAGCCUCGACCGCGCCGCCUACAAUGUCACUACCUCCCAGGAUCCCAUCAUCCACGAGCUGGCCGAGAAGAAUGAGGCCACCGUCUUCGCUACCGCCGAUAUCCUCUCCAUGCUCAUGUGUGCCACUCGCAGUGUGUACUCGUGGGACAUUGUUAUUGUCCACCAGGAUGGCAAGAUCUACCUCGACAAGCGCGCCGGUGCUUCUAUUGACCUGGUCACUGUCAACGAGAACGCUUACGACGCCCCUCUCGAGAUUUCCGAGGCCUCUGGCAAGCAGGAGCAGAUCAACACUCCUAGCGCUCUGGCUAUGGAGGCCACCUUCAUCAACCACAACUUUGCCAUGCAGGCCGUCAUCGAGUCCGAGGAGGCCAAGGUCCCCUUCUCUCAGCCCAACCCCUUCUACAACGAGGCCGAGGAGACCGAGCCCCUCGCCUCCAAGGGUUACAAGUACCGCCGCUUCGACAUUGGCCUCGAGCGCGACGAUGAGCCCCUCCAGAUCAUCGUCCGUACCGAAGUCGAUGCUGUGAUGAAGAACCCCGCCGGGGGCGCCGAUCAGCAGCUGGUUGUCAAGGCCCUGAACGAGUUCGACAGCAAGGCCCCCGGCUCCGGCAACGCCCUCGACUGGCGCAGCAAGUUGGUGUCGCAGCGCGGUGCCGUGCUCGCCACCGAGAUGAAGAACAACUCCUCUAAGCUCGCCCGCUGGACCACCCAGGCUAUCCUGGCCAAGGCUGAUGGCAUGAAGCUCGGCUUUGUGUCGCGCGCCAACCCUCGCUCCGCCGCUGGCCACGUCAUCCUGGGUGUUGCUGGCUACAAGCCUCGCGAGUUCGCCACCCAGAUGAACCUGAACCUCAGCAAUGGGUGGGGUAUCGUCCGCACUGUUAUCGACCGUAUCCGCUCGUUGGAUGCCGAUGAGCCGGCCGAUGCUGUGAAGAAGUACGUCAUGAUCAAGGACCCCAACCGCAAUGUCCUGCGUCUCUACAGCGUGCCUGCUUCCACCUUCGAUGAGGAUGAGGAGGCCGAGGUUGAGGAGAAGGGCGAGGAAGAGGAGGAGGAGGAGAAGGAUGAGGAGUAG